CCUCCACGUCUAGCCAAUCGUUCCUUUUAUCGUGCCUGCACGUGGUAGUGACGGGACAACUAUGCCUGCCAAUUUGCAGCUCCUUUUCGUCGCAGCUAUCGCUCUGAGCGCCAACAUCUUUGGCACUGUGUUAGCUUCAUGUCAGUCUGGCUACUUCGAGUGCAGAGAUGGAAAAUGCAUAUUCGACGAAUGGAAAUGCGACCAUCACAUCGACUGCGACGACCAGUCGGACGAAGACCAGUGUCCGACACAAGCUACUUGUAGCACAAACGACUAUGCUUGUCAAGAUGGCACGUGUAUAUCUUUAUCUUGGCGAUGUGAUGGCGAGUACGACUGCCUCGAUAACUCAGAUGAAAUGAACUGCACGUGCACUGACAGCCAGUUUAAGUGUCCGAAUGGUCUCUGUAUUUCUAAGAAUUGGCUAUGUGAUGGUGAUGAUGACUGUUCUGACAAUUCAGAUGAAAAGUGUACUGUGGCACCUCCCACCCAAUCUCACAAAUGCCAGGCACAUGAAUUUCGAUGUGACAAUGGACAGUGUAUACCUACUGACUGGUUGUGUGACACACAUGAUGAUUGUGGAGAUAGUUCUGAUGAGAGAUCUGACUAUUGUCCUAUGCGUACUUGCUCGGCAAACCAGUUUACAUGCGUCAGUGGGCAGUGUGUAUUUGAUACUUGGAAAUGUGAUGACGAACAGGACUGUGAAGAUAACAGUGAUGAGAGUGGCUGUCCAGAUCCCGUUUCUACACCAUCGCCACGAUGCCCUGGCCAAUUUGACUGUGCUGAUCACAAACUGUGUAUAACAUUGAAGUGGAGAUGUGAUGCUGAACCGGAUUGUUACGACUCUUCUGAUGAAUUUCAUUGUACUACCUGUGGUGAUGGCUAUUUGUGUUCUGACAAGAAAUGUAUUGGUACAUACCAGAAGUGUGAUGGCAUUAUGGAUUGCACUGGAGGAGACGAUGAACAGGGCUGUGCGACACUUGCACCUACACAACUUGUAUGCAAGAGUUCGGAGGUGAAAUGUGAUAACAAGUGUAUUGCUAAGAGUAAACAGUGUGAUGGUAUGCCAGACUGUAAUGAUAACAGUGAUGAAGCUGGUUGUGUGAACCAGUGCACUGAAGGUUCUCAUAAUUGCUCUCGAUAUGAAACUUGCAUUAACGAAGGAAGUGGAUUUAGGUGUGACUGCAGAUUGGGAUUUACGCGAGAUAAUGUAACAAAGUUGUGCAGAGAUGUUAAUCAGUGUAAGAUAUCUGGUGUGUGCGACCAUAUCUGUACUGACACGGAGACGGGCUUCAAGUGUCACUGCUACCCUGACUUUGAACUUGAUGGCAUAUCGGCAUGCAAACUAACUGGGUCUGAUCCUUAUCUUGUCUACAUAUACAAUGGUGUUAUUCACAGCAUGAGCUUUACAGCAGAAAACAGAAAGGUUCUUGUGUCUUCAUUGCAAAGUCCUCUGGCAUUGGAUUACAAUUAUGCUGAACAGAAACUCUACUAUUCUGAUAAUUUCUUGCAUAAGAUUUUUGUUGCAAAUUUGGAUGGCAGUGGGACACCAACAGUUUUGGUGGAAGGUGACGGCAUGGAUUCACCUGAUGGACUAGCUUAUGACUGGAUCAAUCGCGUUUUGUAUUGGACUGAUGGACACAAAGAAACAGUCGAAGCUUACAAUUUCAGGACAAGACAACGAUGGGUUCUCUUCAAUACAAGUUUGGAUGAACCAAGGGCAAUUAUUGUUGAUCCAUUAGAUGGGGUUGGGUAUAUUUAUUUUACUGAUUGGGGUUCUUCUGCUAAGAUAGAGAAGGCAACAGUCGAUGGUGAUGAUCGAACUGCUCUUGUCACUGAAACUGUGGGUUGGCCAAAUGGCCUGACUCUAGACAUAUAUCGACGUCAUCUCUAUUGGAUUGAUGCUAAGCUCAAGCAUAUAACGCGAAUGAAUACAGACGGUAGCAAUACUGUUACUAUAAGAUUGUUGUCAACAUUUCAUCCUUACUCGUUGACUUCGUUUGACCAAGAACUUUUUUGGUCGGAUUGGGACCAACAUGGCAUUAUGAAGAAAGGAAUUCAUGAUCAUUCUCCUAGUUUUGUGAGAAACAAUCUGUUGACAAGUUCUCCUCGUGGUGUUAAAGUUGUUCAUCCUCAUCGACAACCCACCCUGGCAGAUCUCUCACCAUGCAAGGUUGAUAACGGAGGGUGCAGUCACACGUGUACGGAGAAGAAUUUUCAGGCUGAGUGUAGCUGUCCAGAAGGGUUUCUGCGGUCUCCAGAUAAGAAAGCUUGUCUCACGUCUGGUGCUACAGCAUGUCCCAAUGAUUAUGAUUACUGUUACAAUGGUGGAACUUGUAUUCCUGGCAAACCUUUGUCAUGCAUGUGUAAUGAGCAAUAUAAUGGACCUCGCUGUGGGAAUCCAGUUUCUCUACCUUGUGAAAUCAACAACGGCGGCUGUGAACAAUUUUGUGAUAAUGGACAUUCUAAUGUUGCUAUCUGCAGCUGUCGUAAUGGCUACAACCUUUUGUCUGAUUUGAAAACCUGUUUACUGUCAACCAUUCAAUGCCCUGAGUACUGUCUCCAUGGACAGUGCUCUCAGGGUGUCUUAGGACCUAAGUGCAGAUGUAAUGUCAGUUACAUUGGCUUAAGAUGUGAUGUUCUCAAACCACGAACACCCAGUCCCACCAGUUCUGUGCCCUCUUUGAUAACUGGUGGUGUUAGCACUGGCAGUGAUGGCAAGAUAGUGGGUAUUGCUGUUGGUGCUGUAGUCGGUGUGGUGGUGAUUGUAGCUAUCAUUGUCAUCUUGCUGCUUCUAAAGAGAAGAAAGUCAUACAAGGAAGAGGUGCACUUUGACAAUCCGGUGUACACUAAUAACGCCGAAGAGGUAACGUUUUCCAAAUGUGAUGUGACAAAGGGCAAGAACUCGGCAUAUGCAGCUGAUGAAAAGUCUCAAAAGGUGACUGCAGCUGAAGAAAAAAAGCCUUACAUGGCAAGAGCAGUUACUGCUGGUAAUCUGCGGUCUUUUACCGUUCUGACUAUUGCUAAUGUUGUAGCAAACGUGUUCGGUUCCUGUCCAACAGGAUACUUUCAAUGUGACGGUGGAAGCUGCAUAUUCUCGGAGUGGCGCUGUGAUUUUCACCUGGACUGUAGCGAUAAUUCAGACGAAAAAAAUUGUCCAACACGUAAAUCUUGUGCUAGUAAUGAUUUCACUUGCGAUGAUGGUUCUUGUAUUCUUAAAUCAUGGCGAUGUGAUGGGGAAUAUGACUGCUCUGAUUCAUCAGAUGAAAAAGGCUGCAACUGCACUAUUGCCCAAUGGAAGUGCCCAAAUGGUCUUUGUAUAUCUAACAGGUGGAGAUGUGACGGUGAUAAUGACUGUGGAGAUAUGUCAGAUGAAAGAGGAUGCUUGCCUACGCCACCUGCUGCCACGGCCAUUCCUCAGUGCAAGUCAUAUGAGUUUCUAUGUAGCAACAAUUUGUGCAUUCCAAAUGACUGGGUUUGCGAUGGUCAUGACGAUUGUGCCGAUAAUUCUGAUGAAGUAGACAGUAUUUGUUUGGUACGAACAUGUGCAUCAGAUCAAUUUUCUUGUAACAGUGGCCAAUGCAUUUACUUGACGUGGAAAUGCGAUGGUGACACAGACUGUGAGGAUAAGAGUGAUGAGGCAACAUGCUUGAAGGCCUCUGUGACUCCUCCACCUUCACAGUGCCCUAAUAAAUUUGAGUGUUCUGACAAAAAGCUCUGCAUAUCGUUGAGUUGGAGAUGUGACACAGAGCCAGAUUGCUACGAUUCAUCUGAUGAACUCAAUUGUGAUAACUGUCCUGGUGGAUUUUUAUGCACUGAUAAGCAAUGUCUACUUUCUUCUAAGAAAUGUGAUGGGACGCCGGAUUGCUCCGGGGGAGAAGAUGAAGCUGGCUGUUCCACAACUAUUCCGACACAACAUGUAUGUACAGCUUCAGAAAUAAAGUGUGAUAGUCGAUGUGUGGCUGAGAGUCAGUUAUGUGAUGGUACUGAUGACUGUUCUGAUGGUAGUGAUGAAGCUGGCUGUAGCAAUGAAUGUGAACAAGGCACUCAUAAUUGUUCUCGCAAUGAAAUCUGUGUUGAUGACAGGAACGGCUUUCAUUGUGAUUGCAAAUCAGGAUAUCAAAGAGAUACCACAACAAAAUUGUGUAGAAGUGUGAAGCAGUGUGCAACUAUCACUGGUUUGUGUGAUCACUUGUGCAUUGAUACAGCGACUGGCUUCAAAUGUGAUUGCUAUCCACAUUUUCAGCUUUUUGGCACUUCGUCUUGUAAGCUCAGUGGAUUUGAUCCAUAUCUGGUUUAUGUCUAUAAUCGUGUAAUCAACACAAUGAGCUUUACAUCGGAAAAUAGAAAAAUUAUAGUGUCUUCUUUGCGGAGCCCUUUGGCACUGGAUUACAAUUAUGCUGAGCAGAAACUCUACUUUUCUGAUAAUUUCUUGCAUAAAAUUUUUGUUACAAACUUGGAUGGCAGUGGAACACCAACAGUUUUGGUGGAAGGUGAUAGCAUAGAUUCACCUGAUGGACUAGCUUAUGACUGGAUCAAUCGGGUUUUGUAUUGGACUGAUGGGCAUAUGCAAACAGUUGAAGCUUAUCAUUUUAGGACAAGACGACGAUGGGUUCUCUUCAAUACAAGUUUGGAUGAACCAAGGGCAAUUAUUGUCGAUCCAUUAGAUGGGGUUGGGUAUAUUUAUUUUACUGAUUGGGGUUCUCCUGCUAAGAUAGAAAAGGCAACAGUCAAUGGUGAUGCUCGAACUUCUCUUGUCACUGAAACUGUGGGUUGGCCGAAUGGCUUGACUCUUGACAUAUAUCGACGUCAUAUCUAUUGGAUUGAUGCUAAGCUCAAACAUAUAAAGCGAGUAAAUGUGGAUGGCACUAAUAUUGUUACUAUACAGUUGUCAUCAUCUUUUCAUCCUUAUGCUUUGACGUCUUUCGACAACAAACUGUUUUGGACCGAUUGGGACAAAGAGGGAAUUAUGGAGGUGACCAUGAGAAGAAGCGGUGUUUAUCAAAGCCCUAAUUUUGUGAGAAACAAUUUAGAUAGAGCUUCUCUUUCUAUCAAAUCUGUGCAUUCUCAUCGCCAACCAACUAUGGCAGACUAUGUACCAUGCAAAGUUAAUAACGGUGGUUGCAGCCACGUAUGUAAUGAGGUGAACUUUCAGGCCGAGUGUCACUGCCCAGAAGGACUGUCACUUUUUUCAGACAGAAAGACUUGUAUUUCUCUAGACACUACAGAAUGUCCCACUAGUUACAACUUUUGCUACAAUAAUGGAACGUGUGUGGCUGGUUCGUCAUUGUCAUGCAAAUGUGAUAGGCACUAUAGUGGCCCUCGUUGCGAGAAUUUAGUUUCUUCUCCUUGCGAAAUUAACAAUGGCGGUUGUGACCAGAUCUGUGUAAAUGGACGUCAGGGUCUAGUCAUAUGCAAAUGUAGAGAAAAUUACAAUCUUCUUUCGGACUUCAAAACCUGUUUGUUAUCUGACUUGUUUCAAUGUCCUGACUACUGUGAACAUGGAGUUUGUACAGAAGGUCCGAGGGAACCUCAGUGCAAAUGUGAUACCGGUUACGUUGGUGUACGAUGCAAUACUAAAAUUCAGGCAGUUUCCACACCUGCUCAGCAAUUGCCAACCGAAGGCAGCAGCAAUGAAAAACGAACAGGAUCAACAGGAACAACAGGAACAAUGGGUAUUGCUGUUGGUGCUGCAAUUGGAGUUGUAGUGAUAGCAGCAGUAAUCAUCAUUCUAAUUGUAGUACGAAGGAGGAAACUAUUGAGGGGUCGAGCAAAUUUUGAUAAUCCAAUUUAUACUAAUAAAGCUAAUGAGGUAACGAUGACCAAGAAACCUGUGGAAAAGGAUGACACAGUUACUGCUGUUAGUGAGAAACCUUCAGGAACUUUCAUUUGACUGCGUACAUUGUGUAAACGAUAUACGUCAGUCUGUACUUGUGGUUUUGUUUCAACUGUACGUGUCACCUGCCAGCUAAGGUCUCUGUGACUCAAUCUUUGUGACUCGAUCUUUGUGACUCUCUGUGACUAUUUUUGCUACGAACUGGACUCGGCCGCUUGACGCAGCUGUUACUAUUAUAUGUAUAUGGUUUAGUGCUGUUUAGUGUUUGUAGAUACAUAAUAUGAUAUUACUAUCACUUUUGUCUCUAUAUUAUCAACACUCGAUAGUUUUGAACAAAGCAUUUUUUGUUCUUUAUUUAAAAUGUAAUUUUCAAUUGAAGUCUAGGCAUUGU